CCGACAGUCAACGUGUAUCAUCGAUGUCAUUAACAAAAAUAGGCAGGCCGUCUUUACAACGGCUUUGCCUAGCUAGUCACCAACCAGCGUCUGCGUCGUUGCGAUGGAGCGCAAAUUCACUCAGCAUCAGGCUUCAAUGGCGUAGUCAGCACAACUCACGGAAAUCGCCACGGCGCUUUGGACAACCAUCAACAUCAGAGCGCACGUCCCCAAUUCAGCAGAUCAGGGAAGAGCAAGUGGAGAUCAUCCCGCCGACUGCGGGGCCAUACUCCGCAUCAGGAAGCCAAUAUUCGGAACCAGGGUACGAAGAAUAUGAGCAACCAAACGAUCCCUGGCCCAAAGUACGAGUUCGAUAUCUGCGACCAGCGAUCUGGUCGUUCACCGUCACCGCCGGCAUCUUCUCUGGGUUAGCGUACUACCAGGCAAAGAAAGAGAUCGAACAGGCGAAGAAGGCCACGAACUGGCUUCAGGUACCGCAGUGGGGGUUGCAGCCGCAAUCACGUGUAGGACCACCCAGCGCGACUGAGCUUGCGACUCGCUGGUGGACAGAGCUGAACCCUAUCUCAAAGGUCACUUGGGGUAUUAUUGGAGCGAACAGUGCGGUACAUCUCACCAGCUUUCUUAUACCUCGAUACUGGGACUUGUUGUGGCAUAUACCCGCACGCAAUCGCAACUACACGAACUUCACAUCGAUGUUCGUACAUUCGGGGCCUAUGCAUCUCGCGGUCAACAUGUGGGCGACCUACAACUUUAUGCUUCCUGUGGGCUACUCGCGACUGUUCGAGGGCAAUGCGCCGCACGUAGGAGCGUUCUUCCUCGCUACGGGUGUGCUGUCUGGAUAUGCGCAGCACUUCACGACCAUGUUCACGAAGAACCGGCGCCCUGUUCCAGAGAUAUUCAUUAGAGGUGGUGGAGCCAGUGGUGCUUUAUUUGGUAUUCUGGGCGCUUUCUGUAUGGAGUAUCCCACCGCGCAACUCGGAAUACUAUUCCUACCUGUUCACUUCGAAGCUCAGUACUUCUUCCCCGCCAUCAUGCUAUUUGACUUGAUCGGAGUUAUUCGCGGGUACUCUUUCGUCAACUUUGGUCAUGCAGCUCACUUGUCCGGCGCGCUCAUUGGCGUUGGCUACUCCUACUUCAACGGCAAAGACAAUCUCUGGAAGCCAAUGGUACGGUUCUGGAAGCAGCGCCUGCAGAAUGCGUAGUAUCGCUUCAAAGUUGGCCUAAGCUUAGAGUACCCACAAUAAUUGUACACCAGUAGACUUUGUAUGUAUAGAUUACUCCGAGGCCCUUAGUGUCAACGGUGCAAACUAUUAUGAGUUGUCCAAUCUUC